GAAAUCCGAAGCCAAGCCAGUGACUAUUCAUAUCAGAUGGCAAAACGUCCAGAGAAUCAGAACCGAAACCGGUACAGAGACGUCAGCCCCUAUGAUCACAGUCGCGUUAAACUUGAAAACUCUGAAAAUGACUACAUCAAUGCAAGUUUAGUGAUGGUGGAGGAAGCUCAAAGAAUCUAUAUCCUGUCUCAGGGCCCCCUGAAGAACACAUGCGGUCACUUCUGGUUGAUGGUCUGGGAGCAGAACUCCAAAGCUGUUAUAAUGCUGAACAGAAUCAUAGAGAAAGGGUCUGAGAAGUGUGCUCAGUACUGGCCUACAGCUGAGGGACACCAGUUGUCUUAUACAGACACAGGGUUUGUUGUGACGCUGGUGAAGGAAGAGGACAUGUCCUACUACGUCAUACGAGUGUUGGAGCUGAGGAACACAGAGACAGGAGAAACCAGAGAGAUAUACCACUUUCACUACACCACCUGGCCUGAUUUCGGCGUCCCAGAAUCACCGGCCUCUUUCCUCAACUUCCUGGUCAAGGUGCGGGAGUCUGGCUCAUUGGGGCCGGAGCAUGGGCCGUCCGUGGUCCACUGCAGCGCUGGGAUUGGACGAUCAGGGACCUUCUCAUUGGUUGACACGUGUCUCAUCCUGAUGGACAAGAGGAAGGACCCGUCGUCAGUGGACAUCCAGAAGGUUCUGCUGGACAUGAGGGAGUACCGAAUGGGUCUGAUCCAGACUCCUGACCAGCUACGUUUCUCCUACAGGGCCGUCCUGGAGGGAGCCAAGAGCAUCAUGGGAGACUGCUCUGUACAGAGCCAGUGGAGAGAGCUGUCCAGAGAGGACAGAGCGACCGUGUGUCAAUCACCACCUGCCCCCCCUCCCAGAUCUCUCUCCGACGCCCCCGCCCCUCCUCUACCCCCGCCACGCCCUUUAGACGCCCCGCCCCUCCUCUACCCUCCGCCACGCCCUUCAGACGCCCCCGCCCCUCCUCUACCCCCGCCACGCCCUUCAGACGCCCCCGCCCCCCCUCUACCCCCGCCACGCCCUUUAGACGCCCCCACGUCCCCCAGUUGGCCCUCAGAAAAGCCCAACGGCCAGCCACUGCCCUGUGUGGAGCCUGAAGCUGUGGCGUUGUCCAGAGAGGACCGGACGUCAGGAGACGGGACAGAUCCAGACAGCUCAGAGAAGGACCUGGCGGAGGUGCCAAGCCUGAGGAAGAGACACAGGAAGGAGCGUAUUGCCAGCACGGCCCAGAAGCUUCACCUGAUGAAACAGAGACUGACGGACACAGAGAGGCAGAGAGAACGCUGGUUGUACUGGAGACCUAUCCUGCUCAACAUAGGGGCUGGAGCUGCCGUGGCCUUGGGUCUAGUGGUGGUCUGGCUCUUCUCCCAGUGAUACCCCCUCCCUCCCUCUGUCUGAGCUGCCGUGGCCUUGGGUCUAGUGGUGGUCUGGCUCUUCUCCCAGUGAUACCCCCUCCCUCCCUCUGUCUGAGCUGCCGUGGCCUUGGGUCUAGUGGUGGUCUGGCUCUUCUCCCAGUGAUACCUCCUCCCUCUGUCUGAGCUGCCGUGGCCUUGGGUCUAGUGGUGGUCUGGCUCUUCUCCCAGUGAUACCCCCUCCCUCCCUCUGUCUGAGCUGCCGUGGCCUUGGGUCUAGUGGUGGUCUGGCUCUUCUCCCAGUGAUACCCCUCCCUCUGUCUGAGCUGCCGUGGCCUUGGGUCUAGUGGUGGUCUGGCUCUUCUCCCAGUGAUACCUCCUCCCUCCCUCUGUCUGAGCUGCCGUGGCCUUGGGUCUAGUGGUGGUCUGGCUCUUCUCCCAGUGAUACCCCCUCCCUCUGUCUGAGCUGCCGUGGCCUUGGGUCUAGUGGUGGUCUGGCUCUUCUCCCAGUGAUACCUCCUCCCUCUCUGACUCUUCUUUUUUUGCACCAGUACCUGGGACACAGUACCCUCUCUCUCUCUCUGUAGGUACAUGGUCUGUUUGUUCAUAACAGGAGUAUUUAUUUCUACAGGUCAAAACCAAGGUUAGGGUCAAUUCCAUUUUGAUUCCUGUCAAUUCAGGAAGUGCACUGAAAUUCCAAUUUCAAUUCUCUUCAAGCCUUUUUUCUUUCUUCUUCAAUGAUUUUAAACAUUUUGAAUGUAGUUUUACUUUCUGAAGAAUUGAAAUGUUGUUGAGCUCAACCCCUGGUGAACAGAUCAGAGCACUAGAUCAAACCGUCCCGGUGGAUAUUUUGUUUCCUGUUAAAUCUUCACGGUAACAUCUUCUCUCAGUCUGUGUGGUUCUCCAGUUAGCAGAAGAAGCUGAUGAAUGUACUGUCUGAACCCGUCAUGAACCCAUCAUGCCGCAGCAACAGACAUGAUGAGCAAACGACUCAGUACAAAACAGCAAACGACUUAGUACAAAACAACAAACGACUCAGUACAAAACAACAAACGACUCAGUACAAAACAACAACCGACUCAGUACAAAACAACAAACGACUCAGUACAAAACAACAAACGACUCAGUACAAAACAACAAACGACUCAGUACAAAACAACAAAAGACUCAGUACAAAACAACAAACGACUCAGUACAAAACAACAAACGACUCAGUACAAAACAACAUCUCGCCGUUUUGCUUUUCUUCCAGUCGUUCUUUAUUUCAUUUUAAAAGGUCAGGGUUUUUUUUCAUUGAUUUGAUUGAUGUACAUAUUUUGACAUGAAGUAAUUCAAAGGCUGUUUUUCACCUUUUUUUGAUCCUUCAAUAGAAUUGUUUUAUCUAGUUGGAGUAUUAUUCAUCUGAUUCAGAAUGACCUGACUGGCUGGCUGGCUGGCUGGCUGGCUGGCUGACUGACUGGCUGGCUGGCUGGCUGGCUGGCUGGCUGGCUGACUGGCUGACUGACUGGCUGGCUGGCUGGCUGAUGCCCAGCAGACAGUAAGGAGAAGUGAUGUUAAGCAGUAGCCUUGGUCUCUGUGUUGCAGCAUGGACAGAGAAACUCCUCUCUGUGUGUGUGUGUGUGUGUGUGUGUGUGAGUUCAUGUCAGAAAUGAGCCUGUCCUACAAGCUUAUGGAGUCACAGGGACCAAUGUAAAGACUCUAUGUUCGUCGUGCAAAUCCCAGGUUUGGUCAAAGCGCCUGUCAGUCCAAGGUGAAGGAAAUGAACCUUGUUGAAAGCAAGCUCGGUGACAAUAUGACAUGGAUGUAUCUUUUAGUUUGUGGCUUUUUAACCCCCCCCAAUACUUGAAUGUGCCUUUACGAUAAUCCCAGGGUUAUUUUCCAUAGUAACGUGACGGGGAACGGAUCACGCUCUUUGCUAAUAGGACAGAGUUUACGCCGUAUAACCCCGGAGAGUUUACGCCGUAUGACCCCGGAGAGUUUACGCCGUAUAACCGGAGAGUUUACGCCGUGUGACCCCGGAGAGUUUACGCCGUGUGACCCCGGAGAGUUUACGCCGUGUGACCCCGGAGAGUUUACGCCGUAUAACCGGAGAGUUUACGCCGUGUGACCCCGGAGAGUUUACGCCGUAUAACCGGAGAGUUUACGCCGUAUAACCGGAGAGUUUACGUCGUAUAACCGGAGAGUUUACGCCGUAUAACCCCGGAGAGUUUACGCCGUAUAACCCCGGAGAGUUUACGCCGUAUAACCCCGGAGAGUUUACGCCGUAUGACCCCGGAGAGUUUACGCCGUAUGACCCCGGAGAGUUUACGUCGUGUGACCCCGGAGAGUUUACGCCGUGUGACCUCCUGAAGGGUCGUUGUCCUGUAUACUGUUGAUGAAAAAUAAACAGUGUGGCUAAGUCAAAUCGGAAUGUAUGGUCGUACGGCCCACGGGGUGCGUACCAAAUGUGUCGUUAGCAUGUACUAAACCCCUAGGAUGACAUGUCUUCUUUAUGUCAUCCUGGGCACGAAGUCCUUGUGAUAGAAUGACUCAUUGGUUACGUUCUCAAUGGUGCCCUAUUCUCUUUAUAGUGCACUACUUUUUGCAAAGGGCUCUGGUCAAAAGUAGUGCACUAUAUAGGGAAAAAGGGUGCCAUUUGGGACUCGAACAUUGUGAUGACACUGGACGAUCCUCCACCAUUUGGUUAUGGUUUAAGGUUUAGGCAGGGAAUACUGGCCUCAGUAAAUACUGGCCUCAGUAAAUACUGGCCUCAGUAAUACUGGCCUCAGUAAUACUGGCCUCAGUAAUACAGGCCUCAGUAAAUACAGGCCUCAGUAAAUACAGGCCUCAGUAAAUACAGGCCUCAGUAAAUACAGGCCUCAGUAAAUACAAGCCUCAGUAAUACUGGCCUCAGUAAAUACAGGCCUCAGUAAAUACAGGCCUCAGUAAUACAGGCCUCAGUAAUACAGGCCUCAGUAAAUACUGGCCUCAGUAAAUACUGGUCUCAGUAAAUACUGUUCUCAGUAAAUACUGGCCUCAGUAAUACUGGCCUCAGUAAAUACAGGCCUCAGUAAAUACAGGCCUCAGUAAUACAGGCCUCAGUAAUACAGGCCUCAGUAAAUACUGGCCUCAGUAAAUACUGGCCUCAGUAAUACAGGCCUCAGUAAAUACUGGCCUCAGUAAUACUGGCCUCAGUAAAUACUGGCCUCAGUAAAUACAGGCCUCAGUAAUACAGGCCUCAGUAAUACAGGCCUCAGUAAUACAGGCCUCAGAACAGCAUGGACCAUAUCAUUCCAUUUGUUUGUUGUUUCCCAUUCAGGUGAGUUUUGUGAAACUGUGGAGCUGCAGUUAGAACACAUAAAAACAACCUGAAGUUGUUCAAUAAAAUGUAUUUUUUUAUAACCGAAA